AUGGCGGCCGCCGCUGUUGAUGUCGGCUAUCUCGCCGGUCAUCUCGGCAUCGAUCAACCUGUCCUCACAACUUUGACGACUGAGCCGACCGUGGAUCUCAUCGCGAUUCUACUGCAGGCGGUGACGAAGAAGGCACAGGAAUAUGAUAAUCUCUACGCCGACAAGCUGCAGACCGACAUCGAGCUCGAAAACGCGGUUCGAAGCGCCGAAUCGAGAUCACAAGCGUCGAAAUCUACCGCGGAACAGGCUUUGAAGGAUGUGCAACAAGCCAGACAGAAGGUCCAAGAAGAGGAGACGAAGCGACAAGCCGCCGAGAACGAGCUCCAAGUCUUGAAAUCCAAAAAUUCUGAUCACGACGCGGACAUCAAGGCACUCAACGACAAGAUUGAAACGCUCCAGUCAUCCAAUCGUGCCAACCUCGCUAUUAUCGAGGCCAACAACAAGCGAGAUACGACAUUGACGGAAGAGCUCACGAACCAACAUCAGCGGAACGUCGAACUCUCGCGGGAAAUCACCUCAUUGCAGCAAUCGGAGCAAAAUGCAAAAGGCCAGCUCAGCAGUGCCAAGUACCGCGAAGAAUCGCUCCAACAGCAGAUUAAGCAUGCUCGGAGCACUAGCGAAUGGCUAGAGAAUGAACUCAAGACCAAGAGCGAGGAAGCCCUCAAGUACCGCAAGGAAAAGGGCGCUCGCAUCGCCGAGCUCCAACGCCAGGGCGACGAUGCACUGUCUCAGGUUGAUUCUCUCAAGCGCACUGAAAAGCAGCUUCGAGACCGCCUCACCAACUUGCAAACCAAGCUUGAUGAUACGUUGGUCAGGAUUCAGAAGCAGGAAGAAUCCUUUGCAGCGACGGUCGGCAGCUACAAGUCCGAGCUGGAGGAUCAACGCCGCCUAGUCGACAUGUCUGAACAACUCAGCCAAAAGCAUCAGAAUCGUGUACGUGAACUCGAUGCCGAGAAGGAACGCCUCAAAGACAAUUACGAGAACGAAUUGCGCCGCGUACGCACCGAACUUGAGCAAGAAAAGCAGGCUGGCGCUGAUUUGGAAGACCGUAUUCGCCAACUUGAAGGCGAGCUUGACGAAACCCAAGUCCGUCUGGAGCAUGCACCUCCUCCUGGAUCUGCUCCUCAGACACCCCGCGCCAAUGGCGGUGCGUUCGCUCGCGCAGCAUCGCCGUUUGCAACACCAGGAUCAAUUCGCAACAAGGGCACCAUCACCGCCACGCAAGCUAUUGAACAGCUGUUUCAUGUCAAGGGCCAACUUGCUGGUGAACGCCGCCGGACUCACCAACUGACUGAGGAGCUUGAUGGCAUGCUCGCAGCUCUUGAGGCCAAGGCUCCCGAAAUUCAGGAGCUGCAAUCUGAGUCUGACAUGCUGCGCUCUGAGAUCGCUCGCAUGUCCGAGCUCUCGCAGCAGAGCUUUGAAGAGCGCGAUGCGGCCAGAAAGGCUGCGAGAAAGGCAGAUAGUUCGUUGAAUACUACUCUGUCAGAAAACAAGAUCCUCCGUACACAGCUUCGUGACCUCGGCACGCAGAUCCAAAUGUUGGUUUUCAAUAUCUAUGCUCUUGAGAAUGGUGUGGAUCAGCUCAAUGAUGAUGAGGUUUUCAGGCUGAAGCAGCUGGAGAAGGGCGAAGUAACCCAGGAAGCUUUGACCGACUUGUCUGAUACCCACCAAUUCAUCACACAGAAGCUGGUUGUUUUCAAGGACAUCCAAUCUCUACAAGCCAAGAACGAAGAUUUGCUUCGCAUCACUCGCGAAUUGGCUGAGCAGAUCGAGAGUGAGGAGGCACUGGCUGCGAAGCACCAAGCAAAGGAUGACCAUGACAAGGUUGAGAAGCUGGAACACGAGCUCACUCAUAUGACAGAGGAAUCCAAGUCGAUAAAGACGACUCUGGAGAGCUACAAGGCUGAGCGAGACAUGUUCCGUCGCUUGCUUCAACAGAGAUCCUCCGGCGCAGAUGAUGCCUCGGUGAUGCGCAGCUCCUUGGAUGGCCGCCUGCCACUCGCUAGUAUUGAGUCUGGGGAGCAGACUGAGACACUCAGCGAGGCCCUGCGAAAGCUCCAAGCCGAGUAUGAUAGCUUCCGCGAGGCCCAUGACAGUGUACGCAAGGACCUUCGCAACCAAAUUGAGGCUCUCUCCGCUGAACGCAACGGCCUACAGUCUGAGCGGAUCAAAUUGCAAGGUGAGGCUCGCCUAGAGUCUGAGCGUCGCGAGAUGCUCCAGGGCAACUAUGCGGCCCUCCAGACCGAAAACCAAGAACUACAAAAGCGUAGCCGAAUUCUUUCCGAAACAGCAGCCAAGCAGGAUAUCCGGACACAGCAGGUUGCGGAGGAGCUAAUCGAUGCUAAGGGCCUUCUUGAUAGCGUCCGCAACGAAACUGCCAACUUGAAGGCCGAGAAGAAGCUCUGGAAGGAUAUCCAAGAUCGCAUGAGCAAAGACAAUGAGAUCCUGAUCGAGGAGAAGAAUCGCCUUGGAAAUUUGCUCGCAACUCAGCAGUCCCUUGAGAACGAACGCAACAUCUCAGAAUCAGAGUCGCGUAGAAAAGCGCAGGCCAAGAUUGAGCGGCAGGAGCAAGAGCUCAGCGAUGUUCAGCGCAAGCUUUCCCAGGCUGCGGAAGAGAGUAAAAGUCUCCAGCAGCGCAAAGAAUACGAAUCCCGUGAGGCUCAAAAGCGCAUCGAUGAGCUCAUGACCAGUCUCAGCCAGAUUCGCGAAGAGCAUAUUAGUGUGAAGACUACGAAGGACCACCUGCAGGCUCGUGUGAACGAGCUCACAGUGGAACUCCGUAACGCGGAGGAGCGUGGCGGCCGCCUAGCGCCUCGCCCAACUCCCCGACCUGGUGUUCCUGAAUCGUCAGAAUAUCAACAAGAGCUCGAAACGCAGGUUCAAACGCUCACAAACGAUAUUGCGGAACUGCGUCGUGAUCUGGCCCUGGCUAAUACUCAGCUUGAGAAUGCUAAAGUUCUGGCUGAACAGUAUCGGGAAUUGAGCCAGAGCAAUGAAGAUGCUCUGGAAGAUUUGAGGGCCUCCCAAGAUCAGUACAGACUGGAGAUGGAGCUACUGAUCGGGGAGAAGGAAACCAGAAUCAAAGAGCUCGGACAACGCGUUGACGACAUGUCUAGUGAGCUGUCGCGAUCGAAUACCGAGCUCUCGUCCUUGCGCGACUCACAGGGCGAAGUAGCCCGGAAGUUUGAGGAUGAGAAGGCAAUUCUUGAAGAAGAGAUUUCUCGCCUCAAGGAGGAUAGCGCUAGACACCUCGAAGCCGCGCGCUUUCAUCAACAGGAUCUUCGUGCCCAAGCUGACAUUGCGACGCGCGCCCAGCAGGACUAUGAGCAAGAACUGGUCAAACAUGCCGAUGCUGCCAAGCUUGUCCAGCAGCUGCGUAGCGAUUACCACGAGCUCAAGAGCGAGUCAGCAACAUUGCGCGCUGAAGCCGAUUCAGCAAAGGUUACCCUCGCGCAGAGUGAGUCGUCUUGGGAGGAUAGACGACUCCAACUCGAGCAGGAGAUGGCUGAGCUCAAGACCAGACGCGAAGAUGUCAAUGCGCAGAACAAACUCCUGCAUCAGCAACUGGAGGGUCUGACUACACAGGUUAACGCUUUGCAGCAGAGUCGUGGAGGAAGUGGAAUUGAUGACGACGCUGGUGUAUCCAGCACAACGGAUGCUAUGGAGGGCCUCAGAGAAUUGAACAGCUACCUUCGUCGUGAAAAGGAGAUUCUCGAGGUACAAUACGAUUUGAAGACGCAGGAAUCAAAGCGUCUGCACCAGCAGGUUGAGUACACGCAGAGCCAACUCGAUGAAACGCGCUUGAGGCUCGAUCAAGAGCGUUCGCAGGCUACUCAGAGCGACCGGACCUCCAUGACCCACCAAAGCCUAAUGGAGAAACUCAAUGAGUUGAACCUCUACCGCGAGAGCAGCAUGGCCCUUCGAAGCGAGAAUAGUCACCUCAAGGAUCAGAUUUCUGAACGCAACGCCAAGAUUCAAAUGAUGGAAACAAAGGUCCAACCUCUUGAAGCUGAAAUCGACAAUCUCAACACUCAGAAGUCUUUCCUCGAGGACGAGAUCAAGCAGAUCCACGAAGACCGCGAUAGAUGGCAGAAGCGCACUGAGGGCAUCUUGACCAAGUAUGGCCGCGUCGACCCGGCAGAAAUGGAACAGCUGAAGAGCACAAUAUCCGAUCUGCAGACCGAGUGCAAUACUCUGAAGGAAGGCACACAGCCCCUGGAGGCCAAGGUCGUCGACUUGGAGGCUGCUCUUGAAGCCGAACGAAGUAAUUGGCAAACUACGCGCUCUAAGAUCGCCGAGCAGUUCAAAGAUAGAUCUAAGAGAAUUACCGGCGAGAAGAAUGAAGCUGUUCAGCGAGCGAUAAGUCUUCAGGAGGAACUUAGCUCUGCCACUGCGGAUCUGGAAGCUGCUAAGAAUCAGGCGGAGGAGAGCAAAUCACAGCGGACCGCGCUCGAGAAGCAACUCGAGGACUCACAACAACAACUGGAGCAAUUGCGCCAAAGGUCACAAGCUGAUGGCAGUCAGGGAGGAACUGCCUCAGUUGAGCUCGGUGGCGAUGCUGCAGCUUCCGCAGAAGUGGUUGCAAAGCUUGAGCAAAGCCUCGCUGACGUUCGAAAGGAGUUAGAGUCUGUCAACGCUCAGAAGCUCAGUGCUGAGCAACAAUUGAGCGAGCUACGUUCUGAGCUUCAGGCUGCUAUUACGGAAAGAGACGCCCGCAAGAAGCCAGAAGAGGCCGAGGAAGCCACUGGAGGCUCUGUGGAUCCAGCGGCUGCCGCGAGGGGCUUAUCAGACGAGGAGAGAAAGACUUUGCAGGCCAAGAUCACGGCUGCGGAGACCAAGGCUUCGGAAUUUGAAGCCAAGGCCAAUGAGGUUGAGGCAACAAUACAGCAGACUAUCCGCGAACGCAGCGAUAGGAUGAAGAACACCCUCAACACCAAGCUGAAGGAUUCUCGCGCUCAGAUGGAGGCAGAGUAUAAGAAAAAGGACGAAGACCUUCGCCUUCGCUUUGAGCAGGAGAAACUCAUUUGGCAGGCCGAGAAUAGCAAGCCAGCCGGCGACUCCAGCACUACUGCGGAACCACCUGCGACCCCCGCCAAGGCCGUGGUUUCCUCUGUACCUGCCACUCCAAGCGCGAAUGGCAACUCUUCGGAUCUUUCACAACUCGACGAUGCAGGCAUCCGCCAGUUCCUGUCCACCAAUGCUACGGCUAAGAACAUCAUUGCGAUGAACAUCCGAAAGCGCGUUGACAACGAGAACGUCAAGCUCAAAUCGGAAUUUGAGAGCAAGAUGAAGAACGAGGUUGAAGGGAAGAUCGCCGCUGCACGUGAGCAAGCUCAGCUCAUGGAGUCGAAAAAAUCGACCUUGCGCAUCAACAUGGCUGAAAAUAAGCUUCGCAGUGCAAAUGCCAAGCUCGGGGUGGUCGAGGCAGCUGCAAAAGAAACUCCUCAGAAGCCGGUCAUCCAAGUUUGGGAAAUUGCUAAGACUACACUACCUCCCCCGCCACCGGCGGCGAAUGUUGCAACGCCAAAGGGCACCCCCGCGAAACCUCCGGCGGCGGCGAAGCCGGAGGCGACGCCAUCGACUCCCACGGGAAAUGCACCAGCACCUGCCGCCAACCCGUUUGCAGCAUCCACCACCAGCAAUGCAGCAGCACCACCAGCAGCUAACCCAUUCGCUGUUAAGACGGAGAGUGACAAGGCAGCUCCUGCGGCGCCCCCUGCAGCUCCUCCCGCAGCAGCCACAACGGCCGCACCAGCUGCCACAGCCUACGCCACCGCUCCUAGCGGCCUUCCACAGCCACUGCCGAACCAGGGACCUCAACGGUCUGGUAUCCCCAUGGCGCGUGGCGGUGGUCGUGGACGCGGAGGACCAUAUGUGCAUCCCGGCCAGCGUAAUGCUAGCGGUAACCAAGAGGGUGGCGCAGCGGGAGGUCGCGGGCGCGGUGGUGCUCGCGGUGGGCGAGGUCAUCUGAAUCCCGGCGUCUCAGACUUCCAGCCUGGGAUGAAGCGACCAAGAGGGGAUUCCGAAGCCGGCGCUGGUGCCAAGAGAGCCAGAGGCGGCGGCCCCCAUUAG